AUGCACCAGCAGAAUUAUGCUCUGCCGCCUUAUACAACCGAGGCACCGCUCGGGUAUCCGUCCGUAAGGAUUCCCGCAGCGCGAUCUACUACGAUCGAGGAAGAGUUGAAGAGAAUAGACAAGCAGUGUGAGGAUCAGUUGCUUGAAGAAAGGUUGCGUGCAAUUGAGCGAUGUGAGCUACGACGAAUGGCCGAAAAGAAACGAUUGCUGGAAGACUCUGUACACGCUUCUACGAGCAUUGCAAGGCAGCAUGAAGAAACGUAUAGAGCAGAGCCGUAUAGACCAUCCGUUAGUUUCGUUCCAGUGCAACCCGAACGAACGAUGCAUCGAUCGAUUCGCAACAACUCGACCAUAUUUCCGUCGUUUAACCAGAGUCAAAUCUCCGCACGAAAGUGCACGAGUAAAGAGUUGCCAAUAUUCGGUGGCGACCCUAAAGAGUGGAUGGCUUUCAUAUCAUAUUAUGAGCACUCUACCGCGAUAUGUGGCUAUACAAACGGUGAGAACAUGUUGCGGUUACAAGCGUGCCUGAAAGGGAAGGCGCGUGAAGCAGUUGGAAGUUGCCUGUUGUAUCCUGAUAGCAUUCCCGAAGCCAUCGAGAUCCUGAAAGAGUGUUAUAGCCGCCCGGAAAUAGUGGUGAACACUCUGAUGGCCAACAUAAGACGCAUGCCGCCCCCGAAGGAUGACAGUUUCGACGCGUUGGUGAACUAUGGCGUAGCAGUGCGGAACUUCUGUGCAUCGAUAGCGGGUUCCGGUCUGCAUAGCUACUUCGACGGAGGUCCGUUGCUGGAAGAACUCGUAGACAAGCUGCCGACUUACGUGAGGCUGAACUGGUAUUACUACCAAAACGACUGCACGCAUGUCACGCUGGCGACAUUCAACGAUUGGGUGAAGGAACUAGUCCGCGCAGCUAGCCGGGGAGUGAAACAUACUAGCGGUCGUAGAGAGGUGAAACAUGACGGUAACAAUCGUCAGCACGACCGUAAGUACGCUCACCAAAAUGUUCAUUCCACAGGUUUGUCCGUAAAACCAGUAUCGAAGUCACCGGUGGUUGAGGUUGACAUCAAGCGGUGUGUUGCGUGUCAGGAGAAGUGUGUAAAUUUGUCCGACUGCGGUAAAUUCCAGGCUAUGAGUGUUAACGCUCGUUGGACCCUAAUUAAGCGUGAGGGCCUUUGCAGAACGUGUCUUUGCAAGCACUCAAGUGCUUGUCCCGUUGGUGUUUUGUGCGGUAUAAAUGGAUGCGAGCGUCGACAUCAUCGUUUGCUACAUUCUCCUGGUAGUAAUCAGGUUCAACCCAAUACCAGCCAAGAAGGAGGUCCUGUCACUACUAAUUGCAACGUACACUCUGUUCCGCCCGGAGGUGUAAUGCUGAAAUACAUUCCGGUUACGCUGUACGGCAACGGUACGCAGGUGGAUACGAUGGCGCUUCUGGAUGAUGGAUCCUCGGCCACCUUCAUGGAGCACGAUCUAUUGAAAGAGCUGGGUAUUAGUGGCAAGCCUCGCCCCUUGUGCAUUUCGUGGACCGGUAACCAGAGCAGGGUUGAGGACAAGUCUGUCGAGCUAUCCGUAAGGAUAUCAGGUGUAGGCAUACCAGGUAUCUACAAUAUGCGUGCUGUACACACUGUACGUACUCUCGGGUUGAGUAAGCAGUCAUUAGCACCGUCCCAGCUGGCCGUCGAAUACGAUCAUCUUAGAGGGUUACCCUUGCCAUCGUAUCACAAUAUUUCCGCUAGGAUUCUGAUUGGGGUUGAUAACUGUUUCUUGAGCCAAAUACUGAAGACCGUUGAAGGAAGAGCGGACGAGCCGGCCGCUUCGAAAACUCGACUUGGUUGGGUGGUGUAUGGUCCAUAUCAACAGACAUCGAAGGAUGCGAUAACGAAGCGCGUUAAAUCCAUGAACUUGCAUAUUUGCCCCUGCAGUGAAAAUAGAGAUAGUGAGAUGGAUCUGGCAUUAAGGAAAUACUUCUCUUUUGAGUCACUGGGAGUGUACCAUCCCGUUAAACAGCUUCGUUCAGGUGAUGAAGAGCGUGCACUCAACAUUCUUGCCUCCAAAGUUCGGUUGAUAGAUGGUCGGUAUGAGGCUGGCCUCUUAUGGAAGUACGAAACGAUUAAGCUACCAGAUAGCCGUGCUAUGGCAUUGAGACGUCAUGACUGCCUGGAGAGGAAGCUGCGCCGUGACCCACACCUGGCUAAGGCAAUGCACACCAAGAUUAUAGAAUACGAAGAGCGAGGGUACAUAAGAAAGCUUACCCCUACUGAGCGAAGUACCAAAGACCCAAACGAUUGGUACUUGCCUAUCUUUCCCGUCAUCAACCCAAAUAAGCCGGGAAAGGUUCGAGUUGUGUUUGAUGCUGCUGCGAAGGUGAAUGGACUGAGCUUGAAUUCGGUUUUACUUACUGGACCGGACCAACUCGUUGGACUUCUGACUGUCCUCUACAAGUUCCGCGAGUAUAAGAUUGCCGUAACCGGUGACAUUCGUGAAAUGUUUUUUCAGGUCCGAAUGAACGAGCGCGACCAACGUAGCCAGAUGUUUUUUUCUGGAACGAUGGUAAGAUCGGUAGCCCAUCAGAACAGUACGUACUAA